UCAGUCGCUUGGCGUCCUCAAGUUCAGCGAGUAGUCCCGCCUCCUCCUUCCUCUGCCCAAUGGAGCGCGCACAUGCGCAAGAUGCUGCACUCUUAUUGGGGGACGAAUCUGUUACUCAACGCUAAGUACCGCCCAGAUGCCUGCAACUUCGAGCGUCCGUCUCCGAGGAAACCGCCUCGCCCCGCCACAUUGACCGUUGAUUGGACAGACAUCGCGGUAGGGGGCGGAGUCGUGGUCAGGACGCAUCGCGAAUGGCAGAGAGACUUGUCAGUCAAGAGCUGGGCGGGACGCGGGUCUGGCGGCCGCGUUCGAACCGCAGAGCCGGGACCCGCGAGCAGCAUGGAGCGGCUGGGUCGGAGCGCGGCGCGCGCGGGGGCCGCCCCAGAAGUUGAUGAUGAAAGGGAAGCAGAUGCCCAUGAUCCCUGUUGCUCUUUUGAGAUGAAGCAGCUCUUUGGAGAGUUCCAUAUGUUGUAUCAAGAGCGCCUGCGUCAACUCGAAAUCAUGGAUGAUACACAGGAGGAGGUUCUCAGAAUGAAGGUGAGGCUUCUCCAGUCCUACGUAAUGGACCUGAGUGACCAGAAUAGUGUCUUAGUUCAGACGAUGGAAGAGCUGGAGAGAGAGUCUGAGUGGAAGGUGGCUACACUAGAGGCAGAGCUUCAGCGCCCAUUCCUGGCUCAGCGCCCGGUGCCAACAGAACACCUUUCAGGAUCCACAGCAGCGCAGAUAACUGUCACUCCACCACAGCAAAUGAUGGAGCAAGAAGAACUGAGAGUUCAACUGGCAUCUAAAGAGCAGCUUAUUCAUCAGUUAAAUGUCCAUCUGAGGGAGGCAAAUCACAGCCAGGAAAAGUCAAAAGCAGAGGUUCUGGAGAAGGAAGCUAAAAUUCGGGAGCUGCAGGAGAUAAUCACAGACCUUCACCAUGAAAUUUCCCUGAAGGAUUUGGAGGCAGUCAAUCAACUGGAGGAGAAUCACCUGCUGGAGACCACAGUGCAAUCCCUCAGGCAGAUGCUGGAUGCUCAAGAGCAGAGGAUCUAUCAACUGCAGACCAAGCAGACGGAGAGGCAGGCAGAACUGGAGCAGAAAUGCAGCCGGAUCCAGCAGCUCGAACAAGACCUGGAGGCCAGCGGCAGGCUACAGGAGGAAUCCCAGAGGCAGCUUGAGGAGUGUAAUGCACGUCUGGUCCAGGUAGCAGGAGAGAAUGAGGCUCUACGAGGCCAUCGGCUUGAGCAGAUGUUAGAGAUUGAGAAACUGAUGUCCAGGCUGAGGACCUGGGAAAAAGCCAGUGGGAGUCUUUCCUGUGAGAUGCCAGCACACCAGUGGGAGGAGCAGGCAGAGCUGCAGCAGAGACUUGCUGAUGUUCAGGAUGAGCUGCGGAAAAAAGAGACAGCAGUGCACAGGCUCCAGGCCGAGCUGCGGGAUGCUAACCUGCUGGCACAAGAAACAAAGAAUCAGCUUGCUGAGGUGGAGGUGGUCACCAUGAGGAGCAAAUAUAGCAUGGCACAGAAAGAGAUAUUUCCUCUUUAGCAAGAGAGUGACCUGCACUGCUCCCCUGUUCUGUGCAUACAGCACUGCUAAUAGCACCAGCUGCUCCAUGCUCCCAUGCUCCCUUCUAUCUGUGUCCACAUACACGCUGUACUUGGAGAAGUGAGCUGUUGUGGGUGGAGAAGUGAUCCUGAAGAUCAGACUGUAGCCCAGAAAUCCGACCAUGAUCUGCAGCCAGUGCAGCUACCUCCCUUCCCCUCUGUUCCAGCUUCACCUAAGGUGAAGUGACUGUCACCUUUCGCUUUGCAGUUGGAAUCAAACACAUGAGCUUUUCCACUCCGCUCCCCUAUUAAAAGUUACUAAUGGGUGUCUUGA